UCAAGUGCUUGUGAUCAUAGUGUGUUCACAGAUGGCCUGCCGGACAAGUUUUCAAUGAAUAUUCUAGGUCUUUACAGUCAGAUGCCCAAAUUCACGGCAAUUAUGGAUAUAAUUCGUUUGUUAUGGAUAAUACGGAUUGUGUGGGCUGUUGAAGAUGUGUUGAUGGACUCCACGACGGCAACGGCAGAGCUUGGCUGGACAAUAUAUCCAUCACUGGGGUGGGAAGAGGUGAGUGGCUACGACGAGAAGAUGAACACCAUCCGCACCUACCAGGUGUGCAACGUCUUCAACGCCAACCAGAACAACUGGGUGCGCACCAAAUACAUCCAGCGGCGUGGAGCCCAACGGAUCCACGUGGAGAUGAAGUUCUCCGUGCGAGACUGCAGCAGCAUCCCGAACGUCACUGGCUCUUGCAAGGAGACUUUUAAUCUGUACUACUUCGAGUCUGACAAGGACAUAGCCACCAAGGUGUAUCCCGCCUGGAUGGAGAACCCUUGGAUCAAGGUGGAUACCAUUGCGGCCGAUGAGAGUUUCUCCCAGGUGGACCUGGGCGGCCGUGUGAUGAAGAUCAACACGGAAGUACGCAGCUUCGGGCCAGUGUCCCAUAAAGGCUUCUACUUGGCCUUCCAGGAUUACGGAGCAUGCAUGUCGCUCAUCGCCGUGAAGGUUUUCUAUCGCAAAUGCCCCCGAGUUAUUCAGAAUGGGGCCAUCUUUGAGGAGACCUUGUCAGGUGCGGAGAGUACCUCUCUGGUGUCUGCCCGGGGCAGUUGUGUACCUAAUGGAGAGGAAGUGGAUGUUCCCAUUAAACUGUACUGCAAUGGAGAUGGGGAGUGGCUGGUACCUAUCGGGCGCUGUGUGUGCAAGGCCGGGUAUGAGUCUGUGGACAACGGGACUGUGUGUAGAGCAAGACUGAAUCAAAAUGAGGAUAUCAUUAUGGAUACCCAGCCCAACAGUACAAUAGAUCACUUGGGCUUCUUCAAUGUCAUCACAUUGGAAAUGGUUCUAGAAUAUCAGGCAUAUGACACAAUCACCGUGGCACAGGCCAUGGUGAUGAACGUCUGGGAGAGUUCCCUCACACAUUGGUGGGAAUCAAUGACCUUGACUGAGGAUGAAAACAAGAUGUUGGUGUGA